AUGACAACACUUCUGUGGACCUUCUACAGUAUGGACUUAAUGCGCAGGAACCAGAUGUCUCUGCCCGGCUACUGCCUGAACGGCGCGCUCCACGCUAAUGGAGCUCCUUCCAGCUCUAGCUUCAUGCCUGGCUUCAUCCCACCACCUUCAUCCAGUAACCCCCAAAUGUUCCAGCACCUGCCUCCCAGAGCCUUCAGCAGCUCCCCCAACUUUCCGACCGGGACUAACAGCCGCCGCCGUAAUGGCCAGUUGGGGGCAACCGGCACAGCGCUCCGGGAGCCCUCAGGCGCCUACGCUGUGCGGCAGUUCCACCCAGCGAACAGACAGCAUAGCCUGCAGCAGCGGCUGCCUCCGCAGCAGAAGGCGAGUAGCUCUAGCUCCACGGUCACUUCGGAGCGCUACAAGACCGAGCUGUGUCGGCCCUUUGAAGAAAGCGGCACUUGCAGGUAUGGCCACAAGUGCCAGUUCGCGCAUGGCUCCCGAGAGCUGCGUACCCUGUCAAGGCACCCCAAGUACAAGACGGAGCCUUGUCGCACCUUCCACAGCAGUGGCUUCUGCCCCUAUGGCACUCGCUGCCACUUCAUCCAUAACGGGAGUGGGCGACAAAUUGUGCCUUCCGAGAGCCCUUCCGAGAGCUCUUCCGGGGAGCCGUGCUCCGCCGAUGACUUCAACAGGGAGUCAGAGCCGGGAUCGCAGACCCCGGAGCCGGGACCGCAGACCCCGGAGCCGGGAUCGCAGACCGUCAGCUCUGUCAACUCUUCGGGUUUACCAUCCGGUCAAGACCAACCUCUUGAGGCGCCUCCGCUGCUCAACUACCAGAAGUUGAGCUCAGGUAUGAUUCUGCCUUUAUCGUACCCUGCAGCCACUAUCCCUGCGACGUGCUGUAUCGCUGUGGCUUCGGGUUCUGUGGCUGCUUCUGCGGCUGCUAUGUUCUCCCUCAGUGGUGGGGUCCCGUAUAAUACCUGUGCCAACAAUACCCAAGUCUUUGGCCAGGGGUUGGGUGGCUACGUUGUGCCUGUGGCAUUCCAGCCCCACAACUUCGCUAAUGCGAAUGCCACCGCCUACUGUCGGAGCCAGCAGCAGGGUCUGGUGGCUCCCACGCAAUUCCCGAUGCCUGCCGUGGCGCCUCCAGCCACUAUCUUAUCCCCGAGUGCCCUUGCCCCCAUGGCUGCUGCCGUCUUAGUCACCCCUGGCACUGCCACAGCCACUACAGUUGCCCCUGCUGCAACUGUAGCUGCCAACACCACCUCUGCCACAGGUCCUGUGCCGCACUUGGGCCCCCAACCGCCAGACGCCCAGUCCGAGACACUAGAGAUUGACAUGCUCAUCAGCAGCCUGGAUUCCCUGUUGGGCACCAACAGCUUCGACAGCCUUCUGAGUUACUCUAGCUCCAGCAGCCUGAGUGGUUCUGCAGCUCCCAGAACCAAUCCCAGCCGUCGUCUGCCCAUCUUCAGUCGCCUCUCAGACUCUGAUAAAUGA